AUGAUGCUCAACUCUUCCGCUGAAGACGGUAUUAAAAGGAUCCAAGAUGACUGUCCCAAAUCCGGGCGGCACAGCUACAUAUUUGUCAUGAUCCCCACUUUAUACAGCAUCAUCUUCGUGGUGGGCAUCUUUGGAAACAGCUUGGUGGUGAUCGUCAUUUACUUUUACAUGAAGCUGAAGACCGUGGCCAGCGUCUUCCUCCUGAAUUUAGCCCUGGCCGACCUGUGCUUCCUCCUGACACUGCCCCUGUGGGCCGUGUACACCGCCAUGGAGUACCGGUGGCCCUUCGGCAACGCCCUGUGCAAGAUCGCGUCCGCCAGCGUCAGCUUCAACCUGUACGCCAGCGUGUUCCUGCUCACCUGUCUCAGCAUCGACCGCUACCUGGCCAUCGUCCACCCCAUGAAGUCCCGCCUUCGGCGCACGAUGCUCAUGGCCAAGGCCGCCUGCAUCACGAUCUGGCUGCUGGCCGCCUUGGCCAGCUUGCCGUCGGUCAUCCACCGAAACGUGUACUUCAUUGAGAACACCAACAUCACCGUGUGCGCUUUCCAUUACGAGUUCCAGAACUCCACCCUCCCGGUGGGGCUGGGCCUAACCAAGAAUAUACUGGGUUUCUUGUUCCCGUUCCUGAUCAUUCUGACCAGUUAUACUCUCAUCUGGAAAGCCCUCAAGAAGGCUUAUGAAAUCCAGAAGAACAAGCCAAGAAAUGAUGAUAUUUUCAAGAUAAUUAUGGCGAUUGUGCUUUUCUUUUUCUUCUCCUGGAUCCCCCAUCAAAUCUUCACCUUCCUGGACGUUCUGAUCCACCUGCGCAUCAUAGAAGACUGUAGGGUCAUAGACAUUGUCGACACCGCCAUGCCCAUCACUAUUUGCAUCGCGUAUUUUAACAAUUGCCUGAAUCCUCUCUUCUACGGCUUUCUUGGGAAAAAAUUUAAAAAAUAUUUUCUCCAGCUUCUGAAGUACAUCCCUCCAAAGGCCAGGUCCCACUCAAGUCUGUCCACAAAAAUGAGCACGCUCUCCUACCGCCCCUCGGAUCACGGGAGCUCGUCCACCAGGAAGCCUGCCCCGUGCGUGGAGGUGGAGUAA